AGCGGUGACUCAGAGCACCGCGCGCACUCGCUGCAUGAAUGAGCGCGCGGAAGACACUGCAGACACUUUCAGCGCAGCACAGCUGCACGAGGAUUUCAAAGCCAUUAAACGAGACGUGUUAUAGAAAAUAAACACAAGCAAGAAGUUUAACACGACUUUAGACAAAUCGAAGAGCCUUUUCAUAGCAAGACUGAGGUGGUAUAUUUGGACAGUAUGCAUUGUCAAGCAGAGCUGAGACUCGCGAACAGCGCGCACCUGAAAGCAGCCAGAAGACGGUACAAGACUUUCAUGAUAGACGAGAUCCUCUCCAAGGAAACUUGUGAUUACUUCGAGAAACUUUCUCUUUACUCUGUGUGUCCCUCUUUAAUCGUCAGACCCAAACCUAUGCAUUCAUGCUCGGGCUCCACUCCUCUGAGAACGUACCCUCUUCUCUCUGUGAUCACGCACCAGCCUCCCAGCAGCCUCCCGCAGCUCUCUCAAUCCUCUCCUCACAGUCGGGUCCCGCACCUGUCCCUGCUCUCCCCCCAGCACCCACUGACCUCAGAGUCCACGCUCAGCGAGACGCCUGUCAGCAUCAGCAGCGAAUCAGAUACGGAGCACUCCACCCCACGACUGAAGAAACCCCGCCGCAGUCGCACCAUCUUCUCUGAGCUGCAGCUCCUUGGCCUGGAAAAGAAAUUUCAGAAACAGAAAUAUCUGUCCACUCCAGACAGAUUGGACCUGGCUCAGUCUUUGGGACUCACGCAGCUGCAGGUGAAGACAUGGUACCAAAACAGACGCAUGAAAUGGAAGAAAAUGGAAACAAAAGAAGAUAUUUUGAAGAAGGUGCUUAAAGGAGGACACGAGGCUCCUACCAAGCCCAAAGGCAGACCAAAGAAGAACUCCAUCCCGACCACAGAAGAAAUUGAGGCGGAGGAACGGCUGGCGGCGCAGCAAGAGAAGUUACGAGCAGAAGAGCAAGGGGAGGUCAUCCAGUCUCAGCCUCAGGAUCUGAGCACGUCCGCUACGCCAACAGACUCCGUCUGUCCGUCCGGACCAGAGACCCAGGAUCGAAAAGUGGCCCCGCCCUCUCUGUCAGAAGCCAUGACGAGCAGCUAAACGCGUGGCCUUGCUAAUGCACAACCAAAGACAGCUACUGAAAGACUGUGUAUUUGAUGCUCUGUGGACUUGAGGAGUUGAAGGGCUCAGUAAGCCUGUGUUUGUGUUGAAUGCAGUGGCUACAAAGAUGAAUUGAACAAAUUUGGCGCGCUGACAAUAAGUGCGAAUGUCAUUGCAUACGAAAACAAAAGCAUACACUUUUAUGAUUAGGAUAACUUUAAAGCAGAACUUUUUCUUUUUCUGGUUUUAAAUGAGAUCCAUCUGGUUAAAAGUAUUGGGAAAAAGGGUUCAGAAAAGUAAACAAAUUUGUAAAAAAAGUCCAGCAUGGUUGGUUUGCAUACACAGUAAUAAAAUCACGUUAAAAAACUGUCAUUUAACACUUUUCACACAAAAUGAAAUGUUUUUUCAUGUUAUUUUACAGUUAUCUUGUAAACUUGCAGUCUUUUUCUGUAAUUUUACAUUUUCUUACCGUAUUUCAAAAACACAUUCAAAAUGGUUAAAUACAACUCUGUAAAAUUACAGUUUAUGUAGACAUAGGAGAAAUCUUAUCUAAUGCAAUGAAGUUCAUACAUUUGUAAGCGUGUCAAGACGGCCAAAUAUUUUUUUGGGGGGGGCAACUGUAACGUUGUAAUACUGCUUUAACUGUUUUUGUCAAACAGCUGCCUUUCUCAAAUGUAGUCAGUAUUUUAUAAUGUGUAUGUAUGCGGUUUAAAAACCAUUAAUAUGCUGCCAGACACACUAACAUAAAACUGAAUCACACAGACUCUCUCACAUCGGUACAAGCAUGUUCUGUAUGGGCAAACAGUAAGUGUUUAUUUUUUUCUGGGUAAAUUCCUCUUUCCCUGUAAAUAUUACCUGUUUAAUUGCCCCUGUAGUUUACGGGGCACCUGUGUACUGUAGCUUGGGCCUCAGUGCCAAAACGCAUAUAUCUGAGAAGCUAAAAUGCCCUUUGAGGUAAUUUCCCCCUUUUUUCUUUACACAUCUAUGAAGCUGCUGCCAUUAAAACUUAACAGGGCGGGUUAGUAUGAAUACCAGUGUAAACAUGUACAGAGAUCUGGAUUUCACAUGAGAAACUGUUGCGCUUUUCAAAGCAGGAUCGGCCAGUUUGGGUAUAGCUUAAGUUUAUCCAUUAACAUUUUAAUGGACAAAGAAACUGUCAACUGAGAAAGGAAAAGGUAAAUAAAUAUGGCCAACGAUAUUAAUUUAAGUAGAGCUUUUAAAGUGCCCUCUCUACGCCGAUGUUUGAAAAGCAAAAGAAUUUCCAUUGUGCUUUUCAUGUGUAGCAUGCAUCAAUUUGAUUGUAUCUGAACUGAAUCCAUGCAUCAAAUCACAAUUUUGUAUGUAUAACCUUUGCACAGCCAUUGUUACUGUUUGAGGCUGAAAUACAUACUCACAUGUAGCAUGCUAACUGUUGUAUGUUUCUUUUUUUAUUCCCUUUCUGACAAAGAAAAACUUGAACCUUUUCCCCGUUCUGUGGUGCGGUGCAGUAUAACGCCAUUAAGUGCAGGCUGACUUUAUUACUUUAAGAAAAACUACUUAAUCUGUCAGAGACGCAAAGCAAUUAAUAAAUCACACGAGUACAACCUGCAAAAACUGCCAGAAAUGAAAGUCUGGGACAUGUGGAAGCCCGCAGGUGCUCUACACAUGCCUCCAAUCUUACUGAGUGACAGUCUACACAGCACAGCACUUACACGCCAUAAGAUCUGAUGAUGUCCAACCGUCGCUGCCUUUUACAAACACUUUAUUUGUAAAGUUUUAUUUUCUUCUCUGUUUGGCAAAAAAAUACUGAAUAUACUGUAUAUUCCUUUGAUAUGAAACACUAAUUUUGGUGUAUUUACUGAGUAGCAUUGGGUGAGCGAAUAAUAAUUUUGUAUUCUGUUUUGUAGAAGACUUUAGAUAUUUGAGGAAAAUCCAUUUUUCACCCAUGCGUUCUGUUAUUUUUAUCGUAUGUGUGUGCGUGUUUGCAUAUUUAAUAACAUUUAAUAAAGAUGACAUUCAUUUUG